GGCCGGUCGGCUGAAGCGGGGGGGAAAUGAGAGAAGUCCCCGCGGCCUGCUGCUGAGUGCGGUGGCAGUGCGGGGGUGGCGGGUUGUUUGCGGGAGAGAUGUGGCUCCGUAGCGCCGAUGUCGGCAUUCAGUCAGCCCCCAUCCGGGCGAUGGCGAGGCCGAGCCACAGCGACCACGUGCUCCAGCAGCUCAACAACCAGCGGGAGUGGGGCUUCCUGUGCGACUGCCUCAUCGCCAUCGGGGACAUCUACUUCCGGGCCCACAAGGCCGUGCUGGCGGCCUGCAGCUCCUACUUCAGGAUGAUGUUCAUCCGCGACCAGCAGGGGGCGGGGCACCUGGACCUGAGCAACAUGCAGAUCAGCGCCGAGUGCUUCGACCUCAUCCUGCAGCUCAUGUACCUGGGCCGCAUCGUGGUGGGCAGCUACGAGUUCGAGGAGCUGAAGGCGUCCAUGUCCUACCUGCAGAUGUACUACAUCCCCGACUCGCUGGAGGACCUCCGCGACAUCCGCAGCUCCAACCUCACCCCCUCCUCCUCCUCCUCCUCCACCUCCAGCUCCUCCGCCGGGCUCUCCGGGGGGAAGAUGAUGUUCGGGGUGCGCAUGUACGAGCAGCAGAUGCCCGCCGCGCCGGAGGGAGAGCUCCUGCCCAAACCGGCGCCCGGCGGCGGACGCCCGGCGGCCGCCAGCCGGCCCGUGGCGGCGGCGGAGGAGGCGGCCGGCGGCGGCGGCGGCGCUCUGGUCGUGGCUCCGCCCACUACAGACGGAGCGGCAGAGCAGCCGUGCGACCUGAGGAAGAGGCCCGGCGGCAGAAGCUCCGCCCUCAAAGACCGGCCCCGCUUCGGCCGCACCUACACCUGCGACGACUGCGGCUUCUUCUUCAGCUGCGAGAAGCUGCUGAUCGAGCACAUCCUCACCUGCACCAACAGGAAGGCCUACCACCCGCCCCGCGGCGGCGCCGGCGCCGAGGGCGGCGACAGCUCCGGGAAAGGCGAGAGCUCCGCCUCCGACAGCGCCGAGGAGCAGAGGGUCGUGUGCAAAGGCGAGGACGACUGGGCCGACUCCCAGCUGCCCGUCAUGGCCGCCGGCGCCGCCGACAGCGAGCCCGGCUCCACCCGGAGCAUCAAGACGGAGCCGGAGGACGGGCUGUUCCCCGACGUCGACGUGGUGCAGGUGGGCGAGCACGCGGCGGCGGCGGGCGGCGGCGCCCGUAGAGCGAGCCAGGAGGCGGAGCCCGGCGCGUCGGGCCUGGAGAGCUGCGGCGAGUCGGCGGACGGCGCCCACCUGCCCAGCAGCAGCGACUCGGGGAUCCCCGCCAAGAUGCGGCGGGUGAAGGACGAGCGGCAGGAGGCGGACGGCGCCCCCUGCGAGCUGUGCGGCGCCGUCCUGCCGGAGGAGGACAAGUCGGGCCACUACCUGUCCGACCACAUGGGCCACAUCUGCGCCUGCGGCCGCUGCGGCCAGGUGCUGAUCAAAGGCCGCCAGCUGCAGGAGCACGCCGAGCGCUGCGGCGAGUCGCACGGCGGCGAGUCGGACGGCGAGGACGAGGCGUCGCUGCCGGAGGAGGAGCCGCUGCUGGACGCGGCGGACCUGGCCUGCCCGCACUGCGGCCUGCUCCUCCACAGCGAGAGCCUGGCGCUGGAGCACGCGCUCUCCUGCCACGACCACGACCCGUUCCGGCCCGCGCUGCUGGAGGACGGCGGCGGCGGCGGCGGCGGCGGCGGCGAGCCCGACCACCGCCGCAAGCACUUCUGCGGCAUCUGCGGCAAAGGCUUCUACCAGCGCUGCCACCUGCGGGAGCACUACACCGUCCACACCAAGGAGAAGCAGUUCACCUGCCAGACCUGCGGCAAGCAGUUCCUGCGGGAGCGGCAGCUGCGGCUGCACACCGACAUGCACAAAGGCAUGGCGCGCUACGUCUGCCCCGUCUGCGACCAGGGCACCUUCCUCAAGCACGACCACGUGCGUCACAUGAUCUCGCACCUGUCCGCCGGCGAGACCAUCUGCCAGGUGUGCUUCCAGAUCUUCCCGGGCGGCGAGCAGCUGGAGACGCACAUGGACGUCCACCUGUACAUCUGCGGCGUCUGCGGCGAGAAGUUCCGGCUGCGCAAGGACAUGCGCAGCCACUACAACUCCAAACACACCAAGAGGCUGUAGGGAAGCCGGCGGCGGUUCCUGGA